UGCAGACAAAAGAAAUGUGGCCGUGUUUCUCCCUGGCUCUGUCCUGCUAACACGUAUCUUUUGUUGUUUUGUAUUACAGCCAACCUCCUGUCCAUCUAUGUGCUGUGCUUCCGCCCAUGCGGCAUGUCCAAGACCACAGUCAUCUACUUGGUGUCUCUGGCUGUGGUGGACACGCUCUUCCUUGUACUGGGUGGCCUCAUGGAUGUGAUUCUGAGCUUGCUUCAUCACCCCACCAUCCACUACAGCAUCCCCUUGUGUGGCAUCAUCACCUUUAAUGAAUACUGGACCCUGUUCAGCUCGCAGUGGAUUGUGUCGGCCUUCACCCUGGAGCGCUACAUAAUCAUGCGGAAUGACCGCUUAAGGCGCCGCUUCUCUCAGCCCCGAGUGGCUCUGUCCGUGGUGCUCGUCGUGGUGGUGCUCUCACAGCUUGUCAGCAUUCCUGGCUAUUGGCUUUAUGAGCCAAAAUCCAUCAAAGAUUUGCACAAAGUGUGGGGAAACUACAGUCAUCACCCUGUACCGUACCAGUGCCUGUACCACAACAUUCCAGUCUCCAAGGUUGUAGUCUGGGUUCACAUCAUCUUGUCAGGGUUCGUGCCCAUGACAAUUACCAUUUUCUUCAGCAUACUGAUUGCUUUUCACUUUAAGAAGAAGGCUGGCGUGUUUCAUGACAGCCAAAGCACCAUUUUCAGCAUCACCCGGGCCCGACUGAGGAGGUCAUUCAGGGUGCAGGUCUCAGUGGCUGUGAGCACCGUAGUCCUCACUCUGCCGCGGUAUGUCACAUACACCCUUCUGGGUACAGACAGGAGGAUAAGUGAGCAACAAAGACAAAAUCCAGAGGAUCCGGUCAACAUAGCAGCAAGUGUAGGCCUUAUGCUCCAGUGGCUGGACUUGGUCAUCAAUUUCUGUCUUUACUGCUUUGCCUCUUCAGCUUUCAGGAAUGAAAGUUCCGCCUUGCUGAGAUGUGGCUGGGCCAAACAGACGAGGAAAAAUGUGGUGCACCCUGUACACAGGCCUGCGGUGCUCGGCCAGCGUGCAUCCCAUGAGGGGUCAGUGAAAGAAAGGGGGAUGGCACAGGGCAAGGGAACCGUCUGGCUGGUCAAUGAGGCAAACUAAACCACAGACGCUGCACAUUUCUCUGACAUGGCUGAAGGGCAUCUGCGACUUGUUUUUUUUCUGUAAUAGACAGCAAUGGCCCAUAUGUGUUCAUGAUCCGACUUGGCCCCAGCUGUUCAGUAGAUGUCACGCAAAAACAAAAAAAAUGAAACAAAAAUUCCUCAAACCCCAUCUGAGAGCUACCUGUUCAAAAAGUGCCACAACAUCUC